GGAAAUGCGUCAUUGAAACACAUUACUCCGAUUGGCCGGCACAUUUUGAAACCGUCCUCUUGUUUGAACACAGGAGAGGGAGAAACGGCAAAAAAGAAGAACGUUAAACAGAGGAUACAAGCCAAAAUGAUCAGACACGCCAAAGGCAAAAGGCCCCACCGUCUGCCGCCGAAAAAAAACUCAAGCAAUGAGAAAGACCCGGUUGGGGUAUACUGCCGUGUGCGACCUCUCGGAGCAGAAAAUGAAGAAUGUUGCAUUGAUGUGAUCAGCAGUACCACCAUACAACUACAUGCACCCGAAGGCUUCAAAACAAACCGUAAUGGAGAAUACAAAGAGACACAGUACUCUUUCAAGAAAGUAUUUGGAGUAUUAGUAUCUCAACCUGAGCUGUUUGAGAGUGUUGCCAGACCUCUCGUUGAUGACCUCAUCCGUGGAAAAAAUGGCCUACUCUUUACAUAUGGAGUGACAGGAAGUGGUAAGACGUUCACCAUGACAGGCUCUCCUGGCUUGGGUGGACUUCUGCCUCGCUCCCUUGACAUGAUUUUUAACAGCAUUGGGCCCUACCAGGCCAAACGAUAUGUUUUCAGGACAGAUGAUAAAAAUGGCAUAGAGGUCCAGAAUGAAGUUGAUGCCCUGCUGGAGCGCCAAAGGAGAGACAAUGUAUUUGUUUCAAAAUCAGCCUCAUCUGCCAGACAGAAGAUUGAUCCAGAAAUUGCUGAUAUGAUUACAUCGGAAGAGGCCUGUAAAGCUGACGAGGUGGACGAGGACAGCAGCUACAGCGUCUUCGUGUCAUACAUUGAAAUCUACAACAAUUAUAUCUAUGAUCUUCUGGAAGAAAAUCAGGAGGAUGCAAUCAGACCAAAGUGGAAUGGUGGGGGUACACCUGUACGCCAGAAUACUGACUUCAUGCCACCCCAGUCUAGAAUUCUCAGAGAGGAUCAGAACCACAACAUGUACGUUGCUGGUUGUAUGGAGGUGGAAGUCAAGUCUGCAGAGGAGGCUUUUCAAGUAUUUUGGAGAGGACAGAAGAGGAGAAAGGUGGCCAACACCCGACUAAAUCUAGAAUCAAGCCGCUCCCACGGCGUGUUCAUCAUCAAACUGGCUCAGGCCCCUCUGGAUGCAGACGGGGAUAACAUCCUACAAAACCAGGUGGCUGUCAGUCAGCUGUGUCUAGUGGACUUGGCAGGAAGUGAGCGAACAGGCAGGACAGGGGCGGAGGGCACUCGUAUACGCGAAGCAGGAAACAUCAAUCAGUCCCUGCUGAACCUGCGGACGUGUAUCGAGAUCCUUCGAGAGAACCAGAUGUGCGGCACAAAUCGGAUGGUUCCGUACAGAGACUCCAAAGUCACACAUCUUUUCAAAAACUACUUUGACGGAGAAGGCAAAGUCAAAAUGAUUGUCUGCGUUAACCCAAAAGCUGAAGACUACGAAGAAACUUUGCUGGUGAUGCGCUUCGCAGAGAUGACACAGGAAGUGGAAGUGGCUCGGCCAGUGGACAGGCCCAUCUGCGGGUUCACGCCAGGCCGUCGCCACAGAAACCAGGCCUUUAAAGAUGAGCUGUCACGCAAGUUGGAGGAACGUGGCGGUCCGGUAUACAGAGAUGUACCUGUUGCAUUACGCCCGGCGGUACAUAGCUUCCCUCCACUCCCAACGUCUGAGGUUACAGACGCUCAUGAUGAUAUCACCCUGCCCAGGCUGAUUGAAGCUCUACAGAAUAGACAAAGAAUCAGACAGACCAUGUUAGAAGACUACAACAAAGCAGCCAACAUGAUGACAUCACUGCUCAAUGAGCUUGACAGCAAUGCUAAUUCCAAGGAGAAUUACAUUCAUGAGCAAAACGGCAAACUCUUGGAGAGGGAUAACAUUAUUCAAAACAACAAGGCAGAGAUUGUGAGACUGGAGAAAAAAACAAAGAUGCUUGAACACAAGAUCGACAUCCUUCAGAAAACCACCAAAAUAUACGAGGACGACAAGCGUUCCCUGCAGCAUGAGCUGGAAACGAGAGAACAAAGGCUGCAGAGGGAGCUGUCUGAGAAGAGACGCAUGGAGCAGCGCAUGCAUGGCGCAGUCACAGACACGCAGCACAAGUGGGAAAAAGAAUGCGUGCGCCGUGUGAAUGCGAUGCAGCAGCAGAUGCAAAACAAACUGUGGGUGAAGGACGAGAAGCUGAAGCAGCUUAAAGCCAUCGUGACUGAGAGCAAGACGCCAGGUCGCCCUGAGCCUCCACCCCGUCAGACACAACCCAAGAGGCCCUCGAGAGAAGAGCGCCUCCCUACACCUGCAAAGAGAUCCGCCUCGCCCUCACCUGUUCCGACCUCAACACCGGUUCGUCCCCUGCAUCGACGAUCCCGCUCAGCUGGUGGAGAGAAGUGGGUGGACCACAAGCCCGCCUCGAGCCUGGACUUGGGAACGGUGCUGCAGCCCGUCAUUCCCAACGCCAUCCAAGUGUCAGCCCCCAGCGAGAAGGUGCUGUCAAAGUGUGAUCGCUACGUGCUAACGCAUCAGGAGAUCGCCUCCGAUGGGGAGAUACAGACCAAACUUGUUAAGGGCGAAGUGAUGAAGACCAGAGGAGGAGGACAAGCCGUCCAAUUCACUGACAUCGAGAUUCUCAAACAGCAGCUCACUGCAGCUCCAGGGCGUAAGAGGAAGUCUUCAGAAGGCACUAGCGGAGACCAUCAAGAUGGAGCUGUUACUGAUGUGGAGACAAGGUGCUCUGUAGCCAUGGAGAUGAGGGCUGGUACCACCUUGGGACCUAGUUUGGAACAUCAUUGCAUCACCAAGCGCAGGAAACCCUGAACACAGCGGGCGCUCUUAUUUUCACCUGACUGUUGUGCAAUAGUCCAACUUUAUCUGUUUUUCGUAUGAUAUUUAACAAUUGUUGAUGCUUUUAUAUAUGCAAGUGUGUACCCUCAAAUCACGCCAAAGCUGUUUUAUAAAAAAUAUUUUAUGUUGUGUAUGAUCCAACAGAAUGUGUGUACAUUAGAUGUAAACAUUCUGAAGGAGCGUAUUGUUCUGCAAUAUUGUCUGCCGCAUAUGUAUCUCUUUUUUUUUGUUUUUUGGAUGGAGUAGUUCUGAAAAAAUCCAUUUAAUCUGGCAUUGAUGAAUUGUUUAUUCAGGAAGAAAAUUCCUUAGACACA